GGAGAUGUAUCGAUGUUUCCUUCGAUGAAGGAGAAUGUCGAAGCAAGGAGAAUAAAGACGAGUAAGGGAAUGGAGCCGGUCAGGAGCCAGAGCAUUAAGAUAAUCUUUGAGGGGGAUAUCGCGACAACACCCAUAAGGGUGGCAGCCACCAAGUCGGCAAGAGGGUCUACAUCGAAGAAGACUGACACGGAUUACGUGAUGAUGGAGAAGGACGGGCAGCGGGUCGAUGGAGAGGAGGUUAUCCUUUCGCCGCGAAAGAGGGGAGUGAAGAAGUUCUUAAUGAAGAGUUCGCUGGACGAGAUAAACACGGUCGAGCCACUGAGGCGGGCCUCUCGGCAACCAAUGCAGUGUUCUAUUUUGGAGUACCUGGCGGCAUCGAAGCCGGCUCGUGAUGAAUUACAGAUGAUCACACGGAAGACUCGCAUACCUCUAUCAGCGGAGGGUCAGGGGGCCCCUAAAGCGGAAGCUUCUACAGUAGCGGUAACGGGGGUGACUGCCAGAGCGGAUUGCAUGGCGACAGUCCUUCUCGAUGGGAUGGAAGGUGUACCUCCAGACAAGUUUUAUAUACUUGGUAGCGGGGCCGUAGAGACGAUUAUAAAUGAUGGAGCGAUACUCGAUGCUGUGAUUGAUAACGGCAGUGAGGCUGUCAUCAUAGACGAGGACCUGACAGUACAAGUUGGACUGGGCCUCGAUAGGUCAUACCUAUUCGAGAUAGAGACGGCUGAUGGGAAAAAGCAACAGAUCACUGGGGUUUGUCACAAGGCAGUCAUAGAGGUCCAAGGGGUAAGAGUGACCCUGCCUGUCUUUGCAGUCAAGAACUGCAGCUCUGACCUGCUCUUGGGACGGACGUGGCUAAGCCACGUGCAUGCGGUGACGAUAGAGCGACCUGAUGGGAGCCAAACAUUGUCCAUUAGGAAGCCAAACGGGACGCGGGUGAUGAUUGAGACAGUGGAGCCUCGGGAUUCGAGGAACAGAGCCGCUCUCGCUGUGGGUGCAAGACCCAGUGAUCAAAUUAAGUCGUUACCUAUCUCCGGCCGCGCGGUGCGAUUUCGCGAGAAGGAGUAUGGACCACUGCUCACAGAGGAAGAAGGUCGGAUCGUGGAGGUGGAAGACUUAGGGAGUCGACUAAUAGUGGACGGCAACUCGUACCGAAAGGAAAAAGAUGAGGAAUUUGGCGGUGUGGUAUCCAAGGAGAAGGAAAAAGUUAUCGUUUUCCUGAAAGAGAAGAUGGUUUCCCACGUUGCGGAGCCGUCUGAUAGCGCUUAUGCAAAUCGAUGGUUCUUCCUACGAAAGCCGAAUGGCAAGAUCCGAUGGAUCCAGGACCUUCAGAAGGUUAACGUGGUGACGAUACGAGACGUGGGCUCCGUGCCACACGCCGAUUUACUGGCAGAAGGCGCAGCAGGUGCUACCAAGUUGUCCCGUACGCCUUGCCCUGGGGCUUCUUCUUCGCAAGAGCAGCCACUCAACGACGACGACCGAUCCAGCGUGCCUAACUGCUGGCGCAGCGGCGGGUCUUCACAGGAGCAGCAGGGAGUACGCGACGAAAAACGGCUUUCCACUCGCCCUGGCGGCGGCCCCAUGCCAGAAAUUCACCCCUUCCAGGUCAGAAAGUUCGAUCUCAGGACCCUGUCCUACAUCACCAAUGGGUUCAGCGACGAGUGCCUAAUGGGAGAGAAGGGGAUGUUUGGGAACGUCUACUGGGGGGCUCUGGAGGACCAGCAGAUGGCCGUCAAGGUGAUGACGGGGGAGCUGACGGCCUCCAAGCGGAAACAAUUCACAGCGGAGGUGAACACGCUGAGCAGGCUUCACCACUCCAACCUCGUUCGGCUUGUAGGUUAUUGUCAGGAAGACACUAAGUCCAUUCUUGUGUACCCUUACUGCUCCGGGGGGAGUCUCUACGCCCGCUUGCACGACAGAGGGGGGAUUCGAACUGCAGCAGCCAUGUCGGGAAGCCCUCCUCCGCUCACCCUCGUGGAGCGUAUGUUCAUAGCCUUCCAGAUCGCCAAGGGGCUUCGCUAUCUCCAUGCGCUGUUCGACACCCAGUACUCGUCCAUCGUGGUGACGAACCACGUGUCCGGCACGCAGGGCUACAUGUCGCCGGAGUACAUGAUGAGGGUAAAGCUGACGGGGCGAAAGGCGAUGAUGCCGCCGAAGGCCUUAGAGAAGGCCUCAGGGUCGGGAUGGCAGACGCUCGUGGAGUGGGUCAGGCCGCAGAGCAACCAAAAGGGUAGUUUUGGACACGACGGGGUACCUGUCCAGAUUCUCAAAAGCUGUCUCACGAGCCAGGUGAUGACGAACCCCGCUAUGGUGCAAACGGUAGCGAGUGUGCUCUCUCUGGCUUGGGAGUGCGUGGACGGCGAUGACAGCUCGAGGCCCAGCAUGAGCGCGGCGACAGAAAGGAUGCGAGCAAUCUUGUCAGAUGCCAAGAUGAGGGGUAGAUCAAAUAGACAAGGGGUAGAUCGGAUACAUAAGGGGUAGAUAGAAUAUAGAUUAGGGGGUAGAUGGAAACAAAUAUAUAGAUGAACU